AUGCAGAGAGCGACCACAGGCUCCUUCGACGUCGAUCCCCAGUUUAAAGAUGAACUUCAUCAUUUUCCACAUCCUCCAUCAUCCUCAUUCUCCUCCAGAGUGACUGGGGCAGCACCAGCCAAAAGAAUCACCUUCUACAAGAGCGGCGACGCCAAGUUCAAAGGCGUCAAGAUGGCCAUCCACAAACGCAGCUUCAAAUGCUUUGAUGCCUUACUGGAUGACCUUUCCCAAAAGGUUCCUCUCCCUUUUGGUGUCCGUACCAUCACGACCCCCAGGGGCACCCACAGCAUUAAACAUUUAGAGCAGUUGGAGGAUGGGGGCUGUUACCUGUGCUCCGAUCGCCGCUAUGUGAAGCCAAUCAACAUGGAAGCUGCAGGGAAGAGGCCAGCGGUCUGGCAGCACCACAGCCAUCAUCAUAAAUCCCACAGGAAGCCCUCCAGACCCGAAGAAGCCCCCUUGGGACACCAGCACUACCAUCGACACCCAAAGAGGAUCCUACUAGUGAAAAACAAUGACCCUGCUGUGAGAAGGUCCAUCAUUUUGAGUAGGAGAACCACUCGAAGCCUUCGUGUCUUCAUGGAGGAGAUUUCCGAGCUCAUGCAGUGUCAUGUUAAGAAGCUCUAUACGCUGGAGGGACGUAAGAUUGACAGUAUUCAGUGUUUGAUGCAGUGCCCAAGUGUUUUGGUGUGUGUAGGUCGAGAACCCUUCAGGCCUCUGCUCACGGAGAGCACGAAGAAGCUCUCAGAAGAAAGACUACCAGGAAUGGGCACAAGAUCUCAGUCCAGCAUCUGCAGUGAAGGCCAUGAGAGCAAAAAGAAUGUAAACUUUGGCCUGGAGACAAAGAAAAGCAUCAUACAUCCAAGAUCAGACUCCAGUAACAGAUCAACAAGAUUCUCCCUUUCUUCAGAAAAGUCUUAUCAGAAUGGAUUAUGCGUGACGCCAGAACAAUCUGGUUGUGUCAGCGCCUAUCCUUUCGUUAAAGAACUCGUAGUGAAUGAUGACAUUGAGAAGAGGGUUCUUGUAAACAAAGAUGGCAGCCUGUCUGUCGAGAUGAAAGUUCGCUUUCGCCUCUUUAAUGAUGAGACUCUCCAGUGGUCUACUGAGAUAAAAAAGUCAUCAACAAAACUCUACGAUAGUGGCUCUGUGAAAGACGGCGAGCCGCAUUAUCUUCAAGCUAAAGCUAAAUAUUCAGACCCAGACUCCAUUUCUCCAUCUGAGACAGAGGAAGCAUUUGUGACAAAGUUACAUCAGAAGCAUGUUGAGGAAUCACAUAGUCAAAAUUGUUGCAACCACUACCAAGAGUAUGACAUUUGGAAAAACCCCAUGCACAAAGACCAGGCAGCCUGCAAGUCGCUAAGUUCAAGUGGAUCAUCUCGUGAAAUUGUACACAAAAAGUCAUCUGUGGACAGCAUGCAAACAAUUUCUCACACCAGUGAGGAAUACACUGAGCAUAUGUUGGAAAAGGCCUCGUGCUUUAAGCAGACUAUGGCGGAAGGAGACACCAGAGUGGAAUACUGUGCAAUAAGUCGCUGUUGCAGUCGAAGUGAAGUAUCAACCUCUGCCGUUAACUCAAAGAGCAGUCCUGCUAAAAGUAAAUGUUCUCAUACAGACAUCAGGGAACCUAAUGCUGGAAAAUCUCCAAAGCCACACCAAGAGGCCACUAAGGUAAUGGAAGAGCGGCCAAUUUCUGUUGUCAGCAGCUCGUCCAAAGUGUUUGAGUCUUUUAAGGAAGAUCGAGAUGACGAUUACGAUGACCUGCUAUCAAGCAUCUCCAGAGCAUCACAUUGGUCUCAGAGUGACCAUCUUGAGCAUGAUGAUCAAUUCAAAUGUAUCCAUUGUUGUGGCUGUCAGGCCUCUCAAAGAUCUUAUUUAUCCCCCAGACCUCCAAGUAAAGGAUCAAGUGGUGUCGUUCACUCAUUGAAGCUCAAAAAGUAUAAUAACUCUUUCACAGCACCAGUAGAUGGUGACGGACUAGUGAAUCAUACAGAGAGGGCAAAGAGUAUGACAUCUAUAGCUUCAAAAGUGUCAUCCAGAUACCAUGAAUGCCAUUGUGGAGCCAAAACCCCAAGUUCAGUUCCAUCUGGACAUAGCCAAGCAUCUUUAAAAUCCAGAGGCCAAACAAACAUCCCUGGAUCCAAUGCUCCAGAUGCUCUGGAGAUAUGCAAGGAUGAAAAAGAGCAAGUCAACAGAUCUCAAAGUGCCAUGUCAGGAAAUUCAGGACUCUCUAGAAGAUCUGGCAAGUCUGGUGUAUGUUCUCAUUGUGGUGAAUGUAAAAGAUUGUCUGGUAAUCUAGAGAGGACAGAUGCACUUGUAGCUGAGAAGAAAGUUGGUUCCAUAUUGUCGAACAAAUCUGAAAAAUUAGUUUCACAUGCUCAUAAAAACUGUGAACCUGUUAAUAAUAAUACAUCAGAAGAGGAAACCAAAGAGGAACACUCUGAAUCUGCACUCUCUAAAACUUCAAAUGCCUCUGCUACUUCAAAAAAAUCAAACAACUCUGCUCAUGAAAGGUCUUCCAUUGGGAAAUCUGAACAUAAUGAAGUAGAAAUUGCGAACAAAGAACGAUCCAAAAGUGCCAUGUCAAUUGCUUCUACAAAGUCAACCAAGUCAGAACCAGACUGUAUUGUUUCAGAAAGAGAACCAACACCCACGUCAAGUCUGUCGGAAAGAGGUAAGGCUGAGAAACAAAGCCAAGCAAGAGCAGUCAGCCCAAUAUCUGCAAAUAUAUCAGCUGCAUUUAGGAUUUCACACAAACCAAAUCCUGCCCAUUCAGAGCGAGCUAGAACACUUAGAUCUUGUAGUUCAGAUGAUUUAGAGGAAGUGCCAUCAAAGCUAGUUAAUUCUCAAGAUGAUGAACCAGAAAGUGCACCUACUCAAAAAUAUGCUACGUCAGAGAAUCAUUGUGGAAAAGACAAAGAGUUAACUCGAGAAGUCAGAUCAGCUAGUGCCAUGUCCAAUAAAUCAAACCCAUCCUCUAAACAUUCAUCCCAUGCAUCAAAAGAAACAAAGAGAUCUGUCAAAUGUUGUUGCAUGUUAUUAGAGACAAGCACCACCCAAGAGUCCAGCGCUUCCAAAGUUCAAUGUGAGCAGGAAAAUGAGGUAAACGCAAAAGAAAGAUUAGUCAGUUCAGAAUCCAUCUGCUCCAAAACAUCUAUAAAUUCAGAUGUAUCUUCAAAACAUUCAUCCAUGCCAAAAAAUGACAAAGUUUCUGUUGCAGAGUCAAACACUUCUAGUAGGCCUUGUAGGUCUCACAAAUCAAGCCAAAGCAUACCCGAAACCACAGUUACCUCAGUACCAAAUGCUGAAAAACAGUGUGAUGAUUCAACUCAAGAAAUUUUGGAGUCAAAGAGAGCCACCAAUACAAUGUCUAAGGUCUCUGAAGUUUCAGGAAAGGCCUGCUCUGAAAGAUCUAUCAAAUCAGGUUCAAACACCACAGAAGAGGAGAAUGGCAAAGACAUGACAAUGAAUGCCUUAACUGUGACCUCUCCAUUGCCUAGGUCACAGAGGUCUCCAUCUCCAAGCAGACCGAAGCCAACCCACAUCACUGAAGUUAAGGAGACUACUAGUAGAGCUCCUAGCGAGUUGUCGGUAAACUCUAACGUAUCAAGUAAAUGUUGCUGUCACAGUAGUAAUUUUAAUGAUUUAAAGCCUAAGACCCAAAGAGAGGAUGUCAAUGAUGAAUCUGAGGAGAGAGUUGCAAGCAGCUUGUCAGGAAAGUCAAAACUGUCAGCUAAAUCCCAUAUGAACAUAAUUAAGUCUUCGUGUAACCAGUUAGAUGAACUUUUAAGCCCAACAUCAACAGCAUCUGUCUCUCUUGGACUUGGUGAAGAACUAAAGUGUGAUGACUUUGAUGAACGAUCAACCAGUGGCAUGUCAGCAACCACAGAAGACAGUGGACAUAAGAUGGAGAUUGUAAAUUGUGUGGAUGUUGAGGAAAGAUCAAAGAUGGCAGCAUCUGUGAACUCUGCAAAUUCAGAAUCAAAAUUGCAAAAGUCUCAUCACAGUAAUUGCAAAACUCCUGUGCAAGCUCUCUCGCCUGUCUCAGCCAAAAGUGUAAUAUCAGCAGAAUUUAAGAAGAGAAAGUCAGGAAGUGGGUUAAAUGAAAACAAUAUCAGAGUGCCCUCCGCUUUGUCAGUGUCAUCUUCACGCAGUAAGUCACCCUCCAGAGUUUUACAGGGAAGUGCUAAAAAUACAGCAGCAAAAGGAAGUGAGAGAUCUUGUGAAGCUGUCAAUGACACCAGUCAAGCAGAAAUGACUGAAAUGGACAAUGCAUCCAACAAAAUGUCUGGGACAUCUUCAAAACAUGAGCAAAGUGAAAGAGCCUCUGGAAAAGCUACGGAAGUAAAUAAAUCUUCAAAGGCCUCUAAACAUUCAGUAAGGUCCAAAAAUGACCGAAUUACCUGCAAGAAUGAAAGAAGAUCUAAAUGUUCUUCACAAUGUUUGGAAAUAAACGGCCUCAAUAUAAAAUGUGAUUCAGACAAUGAUGGUGGCAAUGUUAAGUCUCUUCAAACAUCCAAACCAGACACGAUAUCUGUGAAAAAAGUCACUUCCAGGCCAAAUUCAGUGGUGUUAUCUGAUAUUUCUCAGAAUUGUCAAAUUUACAACAAAAAUAAAGAAUCCGUUAUAAAUCCUGGCUCAUCGAGUGAGAGUGCUUUAUCACAAGCCCUUUCAGCCGCAGAUCUGUUAAGAGAGAUUGUUGGCAAUGUAAGACCCGUCAGUAGAGAAUCAAAGUCAAUUACCUCUAGCAAAAAUGUUGGCAAGGUCGAGAAGAUGAAUGACAAUGAAAGUGAAAAAAGCAGCCAGUACAAACACAGGAAAGUCAGCAAAUCAUCAGAGCGCAACAAAGAGGAAUAUUUUUCAGAAUUGAUGCCAUCAUGCUUACCAAACGCUUCCCCUACAGAAGUUGUGAAUGACUGGCUCAGGAACAUUCCCACUGAUGGCCCUGUUUAUGAAAUGGAUGUCGAACUCACUGAAAGUAUUACUCAGACUCCAGGUGAUGAGGAGACUUCUCAACCGGACAAAAGAGAGCCACCAGAAAACAUAAUAGAGGUUGAAGAACCUCACGAAGAGAAUCAGGAGAAGAACAAUGUCAGUUGUGUUGAGAAACAGGUGUGUGAAGAAGGACCACAAAUUGAAACAAGCAAAAUGGAUCCCAAUCCCCAAACACUGACUAAAAAAGAGGAUUUACAAAAGCUGUGCCAUUCUUCUGUUCAGGUGAUGAAGGUUUUACUGAGUCCAAAUCUAGGCAGAUGUAAUAGUUUACCUGAGGUCUCAGCUGUGUAUGGCAGAAAAUUAAGCCAGUCAGCCCAGGGGCUACUUGAUUGCCUUGCAAAUUUACGAUUGAUUGACUCAGACCCUAAAAAUGAGAAACAUCCCAAAUAUAAUGAAGUCAUGAUGAUCCUACAAUCGCUAUGGCUCCAAGAGCCCUCUGAGAAUAAACAGGACAUAAAAGAACAUCCAUCAGCAGAAGAUGAAUUUAACCCGCGGUCUUCAUCUGGAGUAGAUGUUAGCAGUUGCUCCACUGGUUCUGUUAAGGGCAGCGUUGGUGGUAUAAUAGAAAAAUCAGAGACCGUACAAGGUAAAAUACCACCAAUUGCUGAACAGGAGGCCUCACUUCAAGAUAAAGAUGAAGUUGUGAUGGAUGAAGAUGAGGAAAAGCCAACAACUGCCUCAUGUGAAGGUUUAGAUCCAUCGAAUGUUGUCUCCGAACUGGUAACUCCAGACAUUGCAGAGCGAGUCCAAGUGAGUCCAGAGAAUACAGAAAUGGAUGAUGAUAACCAAGAAAAAACUGUUUUAACUCCAGUCACCAAAGAAGAUUCUCAAAACACAGAGAAUAAGAAUGAAUCAGAUCAAACGCCGCUGACAUCCUUUAACAAGAGCUCUGGGAAAGAGAGUUCAAUUAAAUCUCUGGAAAAUACAAGUUCAGGAACGCCUCCAUCUGUUCAAAGAGCUUCACUCACUAAAAGAGUUUCACAAGACCCAGAUCCCAUUUGGGUUUUGAGUUUAUUAAAAAAGCUAGAAAAGCAAUUCAUGUUGCAUUACACAGAUGCCAUGGCGGAGUUCAAAGUCUGGUGGGAUUUGGAUGACAACGAGAUGCUCAAUAUGAUGAUCACAGAACUAAAAGAGGAGGUACACAAACGGAUUCAGUCAAGUAUUAACCGAGAACUGCAAAAAAUCCAAAGUCGAGCUGGUAGAGGACCAAGACCUCCAAAAAAUGCUCUUUCAAGAGAAUCCACUGUCCAGACUGAACAGAGGCGCAAACGUCUUCGGGUUAUGCGCAAUAAAUCCAUCUCUCUGUCAAGGAGUGAUGAAAAUUACACUGCAUCUGGCACUGAUUAUAGUGAAGAUGAGUAUUGCCCGUGUGAUGCAUGCAUGAAGAAGAAAAUGGCAUCGAGAGCAGCCCAGCGAACUCAAGCUUUGAGUUUGGCUCCUAUUUUGAGGGAAUUUGAUCUGCGGAAUAUACUUCAAAUGAAAAAAAAUCCAGCUAAACCUCCAGAACGUAAGAUGGAAGAACAAAGCACUGCCAACACAGGUAAUACAGAAGAAAACAACCUAGAAGUGCUUCACGAAGAGCUAGAGGAAGUGAAUGAUAAAAGAGGCCAUGACAAUGAGGCUGAAGAAGGUGACUUUGAGGAAGAGGCUGAUAAAAAAGAGGCAGAAGAUCAUGAAAACGUCCAAGAUGUAUCUGUAGACCAUAAGACAAAAGAUGAAGUAGAAACAAAUGACAAAAGAGAGUCCGGUGAUGAGGAUGAUGGUGAAGAAGGGGAAGGAGAGAGAGUCAAAGAAGAGGAGGAGAACAGAGAUGUAGAAUUUGAGGAAAAAGAAGAAAUAGUGGUAGAUGGAAAGGCAGACACUGACGAGGAAGAGUUAGGAGAAGCAGAACAUGGUGAAACAGUUGAGAAAGAGGCUGAAAAAGAAGGAAAUGCAACAGAAGAGAAUGGUGUGGAGAAAGAUGGUCCUGAGGGAGACAUUGCAGAAGUUGGAGAUGCAGAAAACAGUAAUACAGCUGAGGACGAGGACAAAUUAGAGAACACAGAAACUAUAAUAACUGGAGAGGAAACGGAAUCAGGUGAGGAAGGAAAAGCUCCAGAGGAUGCAGAAGUAGAAGAAACUGAGACUGGGGAAGAAGUUAAUGUUGAGAGAUCAGACGAAGACCAACCUACAGCAGAUGGAGGUCAAUCUCAGUUUGAUAAAGAUGAAUCUUCUGAAGGUGAAAAAUCUGAUCAAAAUGAACCACCAAAUGAGGAAUCAACCAAUGAGAAGAAUGCAAGUGGGAACCAUGCUGGAUCUGCAGAGGAGGGAACUGUGGAGGAUAGGAAAUAAUACACUGAAGCGAAUGAGGAGCAGCUUGAAGAAAACAUCAAGAUGUCAAAGGUAAAUGUCAAAGAGGAGGUCAGAAGAGAUCUAGAAAAUGAAAUAGUCAAACAGGAAGAUUUUUUGGAGGACUUUAAACCUGGCAAUCCUGACUCUGAAAAAGACAAACCUGGUGAAACCAUUGUUGGUGGUUUUGAGUGCACAAUAGCAAAACAGAUCACAAGAAUGUCAAUGGAAUCCCAACAAGUAUCAAUGGGGAAUUGCACUGAUCAUGCAGCACAAGCUAAAUUGAAAAAUGUGCACAGUUUUAUGGAGAGCAUUGAAAGUCAAGGAGAAAACAUGGUUGUGAUUACUAAACAACCUCCAUAUAAAAACAAUAGUGAAUCAAAUGGGCAAGGAAACCAAAAGGACAUUGGCAAAGGGUUCACUGAAUGUGAAGUCUCUCCUAAGAUAAGGAACAGGGCCAGUAAACAAAAGAAGCCAAUGGACAAUGAUAUUAUGAUGAAUGGUGAAGAGUUUUAAUAUCUUUUUUGAUAAUCCCUUAUUCAAUGCACUUUAUUUUUGAUCAGAUGUUUCUUUAGACUGGACUCCAAUGUUUGAAAUGGUCAGUCUGACUUUAACAUCUCAGAGUUACCACUGAAUCAAAAUAUCUAAAGACAAAUUAUAUCUCAGAGUUGCAUAUUGUAAAAUUCUGUAUAUGUUUAUGGUAUACAGUAGGUAUUAUUUUAUUGACACACACACUAAGGCAACACAAAUAUUGCACUUUUAUCAACAAAUGAAACAUUUUAAUGUAUAUGGAUUCCCAAGCAAAGGCACUGAACUAAUUGGAAAUGCUGUAUAUACUAAAUUUCGCAGUCCACAGAAUAAUGUACAUUUUACUGAUAAACGUUGUAUUCUCAGGGUGCUGUCAGUUAUUUUACAAUUAUUAUUUACAUUCACCCAAACCUCAAUCAAGGUUUGUAAUUUAUACAGUGCAUACUGUACAUUUAGUUUACUGCUACAAAACACAACUGUAGUUUGAGAGCGAAAUAUACAGAUAUGUGUAAUAAUGAGGUUUCAUCCAAAUUUGUACUGUAUGAGACACGUUCAAAUGACUUCAGUACGUUUAUUUAUUUCUUAAGUCAUAAGAUGUUCUGAUGCUGCUAAGUGGUGCUUUACACCGCAUUUUACAUCGUAAAACAUCUUGCCACGCGUGGUACUUAAAGCAUCCUGGCCCAAGAUUUGUUGUAUGUUGCUAUUUUAUUGUAACAUUUAAUAAA